AUGUUCAGCUACCAUGCAAUAGUAAUAAAUUUUAUUGGAGUAUUUUUUGCUAUUUUCUCCUGUUUUAUAAACAUUUUUAAUUUGAAGAAACUGGAAAAAAAAAAAGAAGACAUGGUUUUGUUCUACUUCCGAUUUAUUCUAGAUGCAUUUUUUGGAGCAACUAUUCUCUUUUUCUUCGCCAUAACAAUAUCAUCCAAUUUCAGCGGCGAGAAAAUAUUCAACAGCAUAAUAUUUCUCUCUGGGUUUUUUAGCUCACUUGUGGGAAGAGCUCGAGUCGCAGUGACAUUGAUGAUUUCAGUUGAGAGAGUUAUGGCAGUUUUCACACCUGUUUUCUACCGACACUACCGUCCACUUAUUUCGAACUCGGCCAUUCUAAGUUUGAUAAUUGGCUACGGGCUAUUUGACUACUUAAUUAUGUACUUUUUUUGCGAUUUUGAGUUUGUAAUUCCCACAAGCUGUGUAACACUUACUUGUUCUAUGAACUUGUGCUCAAGUCAGUACUGGGCAACUUCAAAAUCAGUUAUUAUUUGGCUUACAUUCUUCUUCGCAAUUAUUUUAUCAAUGAAGCUUCUCUGGAAAGUCAUCAAAGAAAAGAACAAAGAUUUAAAUAAAGCUAACCGUCUAGCACUGAUAGAUACUGCAAUCAUAUUUUUAUUUGAUAUUUUAUCAAAUAUAGUUAUACAUUACGUUAGUCGAGAGGAUGUAUUCAAUCUUCAAAACGGAGGGCCGAUUCUAGCAGUUUUGAGACAACUGGGAUGUGUCGUAGAUGCUUUGUUGGUUUUUCGAACAAUAACUCGUAAAGUUAAAGUUGUGAACGCUGCGAAAACAAGCAAAAAUAAUAUGAUAGUCGGACAUGAGAAAGGACACAACAAGCAGCCGACAUCUUAG